CCCCCCAGUAUAAACCUGUGCCGUGCUCCAUUUGUCUGCUGGAGUCCUCCAUGUUGGAGCUUACAGAGGGCCCAAAAAUGUCAGAACAGUACAGAUAUCCCCCAAAUGUCAGGACGGUACAAAUCCCCCCCAAAUGUCAGGACAGUACAAAUCCCCCCCAAAUGUCAGGACGGUACAAAUCCCCCCAAAUGUCAGGACGGUACAAAUCCCCCCCCCAAAUGUCAGGACGGUACAAAUCCCCCCAAAUGUCAGGACGGUACAAAUCCACCCAAAUGUCAGGACGGUACAAAUCCCCCCAAAUGUCAGGACGGUACAAAUCCCCCCCAAAUGUCAGGACGGUACAAAUAUUCCCCAAAUGUCAGGACGGUACAAAUCCCCCCAAAUGUCAGGACGGUACAAAUCCCCCCAAAUGUCAGGACAAUACAAAUCCCCCCAAAUGUCAG